AUGCGUACUUCUAGAGCAUCCAAGGAGACCGCAAAGGUGCUCCAGGCGUUGUCGCCCCCUGCGCGACGCCAAACUCGCAGUUCAGCCCUCGGCACAGGGGCGCUCAGGGGUUUCGCCUACAAUGCGGACUCGACCGAGAAAAGCGAGUUGAUACCGACGAUUGCUACGAUUCCCGCGACUAGGAGCGAUGACGAGUCUUCUCUUUCGUCUGCCGAUACCGCGGACAUCGAAGACCUCUUCGAUGAUUUCGAACCUCCCUCCAAGCGUCGGAAACCCAACGCCAACCCCAAGGUCCUAUCAGCUUCCAAUCGCACCCCUCGCAAGCCUCCCGUGAAGAAAGAGGAAGAGCCCGACGAGAAAUCAACAACACCAGCCAAGAACCGACGCAUGCCUGCUCGUAAAACUCGCGAUGCCGAUGGAGCAAUUGUUGUCGAACCUCCGUCCAACUGGGAGACCAUGUAUAACAUUGUGAAGAAGAUGCGCGCGGACAAUCCAACUGCGCCGGUGGAUACAAUGGGCUGUUCAGAGCUAUAUUGGCGGGCAUCUUCUCCUCGAGAUCGCCGCUUCCAAACUCUCAUUGCGUUGAUGCUUUCGUCUCAAACCAAGGACACCGUGACGGCCGUCGCAAUGCAACGACUACACACGGAGCUCGGCGACGAACAACCAGACUUGGUCAACACGAUCAAGAAAGAAGAACCCGAAACCACGGAUGAAGUCAAAAUCAAGCCUGAUCCCGACGACGACCCCUCUACCACCCUCUCACUCCCAGAGAAAGACAGCACCCUAAAUCUAGAAAACAUCCUCGCCGUCUCACCCACGUACCUAAACUCGCUCAUCGAAAAAGUCGGCUUCCACAACAACAAAACAAAAUACAUCAAAGCCGCCGCCCUAAUCCUCCGCGACGAAUACGCAGGUGACAUCCCCUCCACACCAGAAGGCCUCAUGAAACUCCCAGGCGUGGGUCCGAAGAUGGCCUAUCUCUGCAUGAGCGCUGCUUGGGGUAAACACGAGGGAAUCGGUGUCGACGUGCACGUCCACCGCAUCACUAAUUUGUGGGGGUGGCAUAAGACUAAGACCCCCGAGGAGACGAGGAUGGCGUUGCAGUCUUGGUUGCCCAGGGAUAAGUGGCAUGAGAUUAAUAAGUUGUUGGUUGGAUUGGGACAGACGGCUUGUCAGCCGGUGAAGAGGCGUUGUGGGGAGUGUUAUUUGGCUGGGACGAAGCUUUGUAAGAGUGAGAUUAAGGGGUUGAGUCCGGUUAAGAGGGAGGUGAUUAAGGGGAGUCCUGGGCUUGAUGAGCCGAAGAUUAAGAUUGAGGCGGUAUGA